GACAGGCAUGCACAUGCAAAACAAUGUGCUUGAGGUAAACCGUGGAACGGGGAAGACAAACACAGUCUGAACUGAUCACGUUGUGAAAAUGGAUUUUAUUCAAAAAGAUCAAAAGAAGACGUACAUUUCCACAUUCAGACUUCACCUGAAAGCUUCCACAGGGCCGGAGACCCCACUGGAGGUCCCAAAGAAAACUGAGAAUGGAAUCAGAGGGAGAAACCACAGAGAAAUCAGUCUGAAGUCAGAAAGUGUCAAUGCAAAGAAAGACCAGACAGAGUUGGAAAUCAGAGCUCAGCAAGAGAAAUCUAAUAAAACCUUGGAUGUAUUAAAAAGAAGAAAAGGUGUCACGCUGACUAAAACAGUGAGCAGGGAUUCAGAUGCUAUAGCUCAGUUUUCAACCUGGUCUCAUGGGUAAGACGUACCUCUGCACACUUUUUGCAGCGCCACUAAAUACGUUCUAGCAGGUACAUAUUUCUACAGUUUUACGACACGAAAGUCCACUGGGGGCGCUAAAGAGAAGACCUCUGUGUGACACAUCGAUGACGGUCGACUCCACAUACAACACGAUUGAGCGUCAGAGGUGUCAAAAAAUAAAUUACUGAGAAGGAUUGUCAGCCUACAGCAGUGUAAAAUAUGGAGGAGAGAUUAGAGCCUGAUCUCGAUGAAAUAAUGGCUGAUUUGGAGGAGUUACAGUAAUACAGAGUGAGGAGGCAGUAAAAGAAACACCAAAAAAACGAAAAAGAAAGAAGAUAAAACUCAGGUGGAAACAAAGAGACCAAAAAGGAUUCUUGGUCUAUGAGAAGCAUAAACGAAAGACAGACCGAUCUGAAAGACCAGUUGCCUCAACCAGUGCCUCUUCAAAUAACCCUCAAGAAGUUGAGCUUGACAGGUAAUUUGAUAAAAUACAUUCCCAUAUGAGCUGCUCAACAGUGGAAAGAGUUCCCAUUGCAUCUGUUCUGUUCUUUGUAUGCCUGCUACUGCAUUAAAAUUCUAGAAACUACAAACACAUCUGAAGCCUCAACUACCAAACAUUUUGGAGAAGUAGAUGCACAUCGGAUUAUUGAUUUACAAGUACAUCUACUCCAAGAUGCAAUGGACUGUGAUGAACCCAGAUCAACAGCAUCUAAUGAUUGGGCACUGAGGCAAUCCUUGUCUGAAGAACGCUGGCAGGAAGCAAGACCAAAACUCCUUGACAGUUUGCUUGCUUCAGACUGUGUACAUCUUGGUCCUUGUGAUCACUGCAGCUUGAAAGAAGCAGUCAUCAGGUGCAAGGACUGUUUGCCUAAACCCCGUUACUGUGGAAAGUGUGAUGUUUCUACGCAUCAACAUCUAGUUUUUCACAACAGAGAGACUCUUAUAGAUGGGUUCUAUAAACCUGUCCCUCCAUCAACUGCUGUGCAAGACUUCAGUGGCCAAAAUGUCAUAUAUGAGCAAGUGUGCUUGCUGCCAAUCACACAACCAGAAAAAGUUUGUGAUUGUGACCCUCAAAACCUCUCUGUUGUCGCCGGACGAUCAGUUGCACUCAUUUGCAUAAAUGGUCGCUAUGACAUGUACCUGCCAGUUAUGAAUUGCAGAACAUGUCAUGCGUCAUGGACACCUGAAGUGGGAGACCUGCUGUGUAGUGGUUACUGGCCGGGCACUGUGGGAUUUCAAACCAUAUACCAGCUAGACCUUUUCACCUCUUUUGAGGACCUGAAGAUCAAUGCACCUGGUCUUUCAAGACAAGCAUUUGUCAAAAUGUUAGAACAGCGCUCACAACAAUUUGGAAGGAGAGGUUACAUUUGUGGCGACAUCUUCCAAAAAGCUUUCCUUGAAUGGACAUAUUGUCGUCAUGAAAGAGAAAAACUCUGCGGCAUUGACCACUUCUCUUGCCCAGCUUGCACCCCAGAUACAGUUGCUGUGUCUGCAGAUGGAAACAGAAAAUUAUAUAGAUUCAGCAAAACAAAGGGGGUAGAGGAACAACCAUUUUUUGAUGGAGUUUUUCUGGCCAAUGACAAAGCUGUAGCAACAUUUGUUGAUUGUGUUCGUGAGAAGAUCAAGCCAGUAAGUGGAAAAGGCACCUGUGGAACAUCAACAUGGGCUGCAGCCAGGGAGACCUCUAAGAAGACAAACUCCAAAUGUGACGAAGAAGGCUUAGAGGUGGCAGUUUGCAGACACUGCAUAUUGCUUAGAGGUCUGAACAUGUUCAGGGGGGAGAUAUUUGCAUACCCUCUGUUUUUGCAAAAUGAUCUGGCCACAAAAACAAAUUGCAAGUUCUUCUGCACCGACAUCAUGUGUAGAUAUUGGCCUUAUCUACAAAAGGUGGCUCAAGCAUUCCCAGAAAUGAAAAAAUUGACUCAGAUGAAGCCAUUUCUUUCGGUCAUGCAUGCAAAGGGGCAUUCUACAAAAUGUGAGGUGCAGUGGGGUGGCAAAAACCAAACAGGGGCAGGCACUACCAUUGGUGAAGAAGUUGAACAAGUCAACAGCUUUUUGUCCCGUGUGGCUAUAACUACAAAAUACAUGAGUAAGGCUGCACGAGUAGAUAUGAUCACAUUACAUGCCAGAGGAUGGAAUGAGCGAAAAAAAAGAAACCUGCACAAGUACUUGUCUACACGGUACUUGAAGACUAUCCAGAAGACAAAGGAAGUCAAAGAGGACAUUGAGGCUAUAAAGGAGUCCACGCAAAGGUCUGAUGAGGAACUACAACAGUGGGUUACUGAUGUGAGACAGUGGGCAGUUGACACUCCAGAUGACCUCCGAACAGAUGAUCCAGUGGCGUUGCAACAUCUGAUUGAAGGCCUAUUUUUGGGCAUCCAGCAGAAAAAGAGGGAUCUGUAUCGUGUAACCGACCGUAACAAACAGCGACACAAGAUCCGAAGACGGAUUGGAGAGGAUAAGAAAAAGCUGUUUAAUGCCAUAUCCCAAUACGACGGUCUUCCAACCACAACAGAAUCUGUAGGUUCAAUUGAAGACCUUCUUACAACAGAAAGUCCUAUCUGGCCUUGGGAUUCUGAACCUGACACUUCUUUAGGAAUGAAGAAGAAAGUUUUUGACAAGGUGAUGCAGCUGGAGAGACUGAUUGAGGAAGAGGCUGUACUUGUAGAGGAAAUGAAACAACAUUGGACACAGCUUACAAGAACCUACAGGGCCUUGAAGGACCAGGCUAGAGCAGUGUCAGAUGACCUGGCCACACAGAGCUUCCCUUCAGGACUUUCUGGUGAAGCUUACCGUGGCCUAUACAGUGCUGUCCUACAAAAAUGUGAGGAGAUCAAAAGAGACCUGGUGACUGUGAAAGAAACAUAUUCCCGAAUAGCGUUAGGUGGCAAUGAUGGACCUGUUGUUGAAAAAGAAGAUGAAGACCCAUUUGAGCAUGCCUCCACAGAUGCCUCUACCGAUGAUGAAUUAUAGUUUUGACCAGAGUUUUGACUGGUCUUCUUACUCUAGGUGGCUCAAGUUUGCUGGGUGCAGUAAUUUACUCCUCUCCUGUAAAAGUAGCAUCUUAAAUCAGACUUUCUCUGCUCUACUCAGCCACUUUGAUGAAUCUGUGUUUUGAAGCCAUGUUUUCUCCCCAUUGUAAAGAAUAAAACCUUGACCCUGAAUGUUCUA